ACUGAAUUUGAACGAUACCGGAAGUACAAGGAAGGCAUGGGUGAGGACGAGUGGGCUCCAUUUUGUGACGAGGAAGAGUGGGGUCUCGCUGAGUGGCUUGUAAAAAGCCUUGGGCAGACUCAAACCGAUGAAUUUCUAAAGUUACCGAUUACCCAAAACCGAAUGCAAGCUUCAUUCCACAACAACCGAUCAUUCCUCAAGAAGGUUGAUGAACUCCCGCAUGGAGCCGCCUGGAGCUGUAAGAAGAUUAGCGUUCAGGGAAAUAGAACAGACGAAAAAGGCGAACCGUUGCAUGAAGAUGUUGAACUGUGGAUGCGCAAUCCUGUAGAGUGCAUCAAGGACUUGAUCGGAAAUCCUUUGUUCAAGGAUCAAAUGGUGUACACACCUGCUCGCGCAUACACGGACUCUGCAGGACUCCACCGGGUGAUAGACGACAUGUGGACUGCAGAUUGGUGGUGUGACAUGCAAAAAAAGGUGCCGGAAGGAGCGACCAUCGCGCCAAUUAUUCUUGCAACAGACAAAACGAGUCUGUCGCAAUUCCGAGGUGACAAAAUGGCAUAUCCUGUGUACCUCUCUAUAGGAAACAUUGCUAAAGAAAAACGGCGGCAAACGUCAGCAAGAGCGACAGUCCUGAUUGGUUACCUACCUUCAGGAAAGCUUGACUGCUUA